AUGCCACCGGCGGAGGGCGCGGAGGGCGCGGCGGGGCUUGGGAUCUCAGAGUUCUUGCUUCUCCUCUCGUCCCGUAAGUGCAUCCUCUCCCUUGGCUUCAUCCUCUUUCUCCCCCUUUCUCUAACCUCUGUUCUUAGAGGAGCUAUUCGCAAUGAUCAUGCUGUUGCCAUGACUAAGAGAACCAGUGUUAUAUCAGAGCAUAUAAAUGGCAAGCCAGCUCUAGAUUGGUCGAGGAGAAAGAUGAUAGCACUGGGUACAGCACGAGGGCUACUUUAUUUGCAUGAACAGUGUGAUCCAAAAAUAAUCCAUCAUGAUGUAAAAACCUCCAAUGUGCUUCUUGAUGAAUAUUUUGAAGCAAUAUUCAGAGAUUUCGGAUUGGCGAAACUUUUGGAUCACCAGGAGACCCAUGUUACCACGGCAGUGCGUGGCACCGUGGGACACAUAGCUCCAGAGUAUUUGUCAACUGGCCAGUUAUCGGAGAAGACAGAUGUGUUUGGGUUUGGAGUCCUGUUGGUUGAGUUGAUCACUGGCCAGAAAGCAUUGGAUUUUGGAAGACUAGCAAAUCAGAAGGGCGGAGUGCUUGAUCUGGUAAAGGAGCUCCAUCAGGAAAAGCAGCUGAACAUGAUGGUGGACAAGGACCUCGGCAGCAACUACGACAGGGUGGAGCUGGGGGAGAUGGUGCAGGUGGCUCUACUGUGCAUGCAGUACUACCCGUCCCACCGCCCCCGGAUGUCGGAGGUGAUCAGGAUGAUGGAAGGGGACGGGCUCGCGGAGAAAUGGGAGGCGUCGCAGAAUGUCGACACGCCAAAGUCCGUCUCGUCGGAGCUCCUGCCCCUGAAGUUCACCGAUUUCGCGGGGGCCGACGAGUCCUCGGUCGGCCUCGAGGCCAUGGAGCUCUCCGGACCAAGGUGAUGAGAUGUGAUGAGUUGAGUAAAUAUAGAAAGGAAAUUUUCCAUUGGUCAGCUAUUCUUUCCUCU